ACUAUCCAACUAACAAACGUAGCCUUUUUUUUGUGUGUGAUUUUUGCACGACAUCAAGUCAAGCCUAAGGCUCUCCAGUCUCUCCACGGAUUCAUGCUCGACCAGUACUUGACAUUGAGUGGAGUGAUUAAUCGAAGAAAACGAUCGUCAAAGAAUGAUCAUCGAACUUGAGCAGUGUGUGUGUGCAUCAAUCAAUCGAAUAAAUUGUAGCAGCUCAUUACACACCCAUCAGGCCGCGUGAAUUUACCCAUCGACCAUCCUUGUCCUUGGAUGACAUAAACCGCCACCCCAAACGCUGGUAAUUUUAUCGUCGCCUUUUGUUCGUCAUGUUUUCUUCAUCACUUUCUCUGUCGCUCCUCUUCCGGCGCAUUAAAUUGUAUGAAACCGAAAUACUGGUUUGUUGGAGGGUUUUUCCUUUUUUAUUCCUCCAUUUUUCGAUACUCCACAAUGCAAUGCAAACCUAUCAUUGGACCCCGGAGUAUCCCUUUUUGUUGAUCCCUUUUAUGCGUGGCCCCAUGUGGGAUUGGUGUAUAAAACUGGCGUCCCAUCGACCGAAGGGCGACACUCUUGAACGGUACGGUGCGUGAGAGAAACCUAGCGUCCGAGACCAUGAAUUGUUUGAUUACAGUCCUUGUUGCGUGUCUAGCAUUAGCUAGCGCUGGCUACGUGGAACACUAUCAAGGUGCAACGAGUUUUAGCUCGUUCGACCUGAAAUCAUCCCCCAUCGAGGGCAACAGACUCGUCCACUCGAAAGCAGCAACAUCCUACGGCACUCCGUACGCAGUAAAAGGUUCGACUGAUCACGCAGUAGUUAGCUACGAAACGAAGCCAGUAAUUAGUACGGUUUACGCAGCACCGAUCACGAAGACGCUGACCUACAGCAGUGCACCAAAUCAUCAUCAUCAUCAUUAUGCUGCUCCCGUUCAGGUGCAGGAGUGUGCACAUAAGAUCGUCGCACCAGUUCAAACAUCGGUAACGUACGGUGUACCGACUACAUCAAGUCAUUCGGGACCAUCCGGAUCCGUUUAUCAACCACUCCAUGUUACACUAGCUCAAAAAGCUCCGCAAGGUGCUUAUGGAACGAGUUCCACUGUUGGACAUACCAUAUCCCAUCAUUACUCUGCACCGGCGUCAAGUAGCAUCAUUUACACACCUCCCAAAAUUACUCAAACAAUAUCUUCUGGAGCUUAUGGUGGUUUAAAUCAACAAUCCGUCUCUUAUGGAAGUUACAAAGGACCUAGUCAGCCGGCCCCUAUUAUAGAAACGCUGGUUGAUGUAGCUCCACCAAAGUUGAUCCACGCGCAACCAUCAGUGGCUUAUGGAGUUCCUGCUACGGACUCCAAUUUCCAUCAGGUCUCUCAGAUAACACCUGUUACUAGUCUGCAUACUAUAACACCAGUGAAAACGACAUCCAACUUCAUCAGUACUGGGAAUCAUGCCACAUCGCACCAAUAUAAAGCAGCAACCAUUCCAGUGAAGUCUAGUCCAGCGUACUACAUUGCUCCGGGGCACGCAACUUCCGGCACUUCUGCAUGGAGUGAAGCUUCCAAAAACCAUGGCCAUAGUUUCACCACCACCCAUAGCUACAGUAGCCAAGGUCAAACGAACAACGCUCAGUCUCAGUAUUUACCUCCAAAAACGACACUAAUUGCUCCAAUUGCCGUAACUUCCUUGCACACAUCGUCGAAGGAUACUUCAUCUAGUCCGUCUCGUGAAUACCUUCCACCACGUGAAUAUCUACCACCGCCACAGGACAUUAAAGGUACUACUGCUCAUGUUACUACCGGUAGCAUUGGAUCCAUUUCGUACCAGGCACCGCAGAAGUUGACCGUUAGCCAAGUACUUCCUCAACAACCGGCUUACCACUCCUCGAGCUCCACUAGCUCCACUGCUAACCAAGUGUCUCACGGGGUACGAUACGGAACGGCAGCGAUUCUAUCGCCACUGCAUGUCCAUACCAUUCAUAAAACGCCCGUUCUAGCGUACACUCCAAAGCAUCACUGCAUCCAAGACCAUUAGGGUGCGACAACCAUAAAAAUGUAUCCUACCGGGUAACGAACCACACAAAAAUCGUAGACUCAAUAAAAACAGGUGACCUCCGGCGUCCCACAACAAAAACCUGAAACCUCCGUGCUAUUUUUUGUUGUUUAUUUAGUUUUUUAUUAAGCGUGAGGGAGGAGUUGACCUUUCCGUAAACCGACCUGCUAAAGAUUCGCCCGUUGGACGUAUCGGAACACAGCGACCCGAUCGUCCGAUCGGUCGUGUUGCUACUUCUGUGCCUACAUGCAAGGGUGUGAGCGCGACUGCUGUUAGUCUAGAGCACACCGUCCAGAACAUGUUAGCGAAACUUUGUGACCUCGCAUGGCUUUCACGAGUAGCGCUGUUUAAUGCUCUCGCUAGCAUUGACAUUCUUUGCGAACCGUCGACAUACGAAGCAUCCGUAGCGUUUCGAUCUGUGACAUGACAUUUUGCUUUUGCUUGACCCGAAGGGUUUUGUACAUGAUUGCGACCGUACAUAACUUUCUCACGCUGACCAUCUUACAAUCGCUCGUUACGAUCGUUCGUAUCUUACAAAUAACUCCAGUCAGAACAGCAAUGUCUCCAUUAACUAUAAUAGUUGUGUAGCAAGAAGCUAAUAGAUAAAAAAAAUAUUUAGUCGACAUUGUCGAAAUGGUUGACAUUACAGUCGACAUAGUAGCACAUUCGGUUACCGGCGACAAACGGUCUCGAUCGAUAUCGCAAAAACGUAAUAUUUAACCAUUUCUUUUCGGGGGUGUACCCCAGAAAUCACUUAUUCGCCACACAUGGUGGCCAACAUGUUUUGUCCAACUGAAUCAACACUAAAUUCUCACCGCUUCGACUACAUGCAAGCUUCGAUUGACAAGAUUCAGUGUGAAAGGGUACGGGCUUUUUUUGUAUCCAUUCGGUUUCGGGCAACACACAGCCGAAAAGCGACAAUAACAAUAUGAAGGCCACACGUGGAACUGGUUUGGUUGCAGUUGAUACAAUUGUUAAGAAAACGGGUUCAGGCGAAGAGAGAAAGAAGAAGAAAAAUAAAAACAUGGGAAACUAUCAAACCACGAUCCGUACGAUCAGACAUAAUAUGUAGUGCAAAGUGUUUAACCGAAUAGUGCGUGCAGGGGCGCGAGCUGUGUGGGACAUAAUCUACAAUUGUAGUGUUUCGUACGUAAAGCGGCAGGUUUACCCCUAGCCACUUUGUACGCACAGGUUCGUGAACACGAACCAGCUUUCUGGAACUAGGGGGUGUGACUUUAUGUUACGUAAGUGAGCUCUUGGCAGGUCAUGUGGGAUGCUGGAUGAUUCUAUAGCACGGGAAGUAGUAAAAAUCGUUUUCAUUAUUUCAGUAGGUUUUAAGGAAAUAUCAUUUGAAUAUGAAAUUGAUUGCAAGUCCUAUGAAGCAUUAU